UUAUGAUUUAAGUGCAAAUAUAACACGAUAUACAAAUGGCGGCUGAAAAUCUGUACUACUGAAAAUCUGCACUUCCCAGUUGUGAACAUGUGACCACCGUAAAUAAGUCAUGUGAUUGAAGUGUAUGCUGACCAGACCGGAAAAAUACGAGGCGCUCAGAGAUGAAAGUCUCACCUGGAAUUUUCUUGCUGGCAUUCGCUGCAGCCACCUCAGCACUGGAUAAUGGGUUGAUGAGGACCCCUCCUAUGGGCUGGAUGGCCUGGGAGCGCUUCCGCUGUAAUGUGGACUGUGAAAAUGACCCCAAGAACUGCAUCAGUGAGGCUCUCUUCAUGGACAUGGCCGACAGGCUGGCGGAGGACGGCUGGAGAGAGCUGGGCUACGAUCAUGUCAUGAUUGACGACUGCUGGACCUCCAUGCAGCGGGACAAAGAUGGCCGACUGCAGCCUGAUCCACACAGGUUUCCAGGAGGGAUUGCCAAGCUGGCGCGGUACCUCCAUGAACGGGAGCUUAAGCUGGGCAUCUAUGCCGAUUUUGGCACACACACCUGUGGGGGCUACCCUGGCACCACCCUCGACAAGAUCGAGACUGACGCACAGACUUUCGCUGACUGGAAAGUGGACUUCCUCAAAUUUGACGGCUGCUACUCAAGCCCAAAGGAACAAGAGAAAGGGUACCCACUCAUGUCAAAGGCUCUGAAUGCAACAGGACGCUACAUUGGUUACUCAUGCAGCUGGCCAGCCUAUCAAGGUGGACUUCCUCCAAAUAUUAACUACACACUCCUGGGGGAAAUCUGCAACCUGUGGCGUAACUAUGACGACGUUCAGGACUCGUGGACGAGUGUGCUCAGCAUUGCGGACUGGUUCUUCAGCAACCAGAACCAGCUGCAGCCUGUGGCCGGACCAGGACACUGGAACGACCCCGACAUGCUGAUCAUUGGCAACUUUGGCCUCAGCCCUGACCAAUCCCGUUCUCAGAUGGCUCUUUGGACCAUCAUGGCUGCUCCGCUCAUCAUGUCAAACGACCUGCGGACGCUGACCAGCGAGGCCCGGAAUAUUCUGCAGAACAAGGCCAUCAUAGCCAUCAGCCAGGACCCCUUAGGUAUCCAGGGCAGACGCCUGCUUCAGGAGAAGAGUCGUAUCGAGGUGUUCUGGCGUCCUCUGACUAACUUGGCCAGUGCGCUGGUGUUCUUCAGCCGUCGCACAGACAUGCCCUAUCGCUACCAGAGCAGCCUGGACAGACUCAACUACACCGCAGGCCUCUAUGAUGUGUAUGAUGUGUUCACUGGGGAGGUGUUGUCUCUGCCGUCACACACUACGCCCUUUACGGUCUCCAUCAACCCCUCCGGAGUGGUCAUGUGGUAUGUCUAUCCAGUCACACACCACAAGCUAACCGAAGGAGCGGGAAGGUAUCCCAACGUCCGGAGGAAGUACAGAAUAUCAUCGUUGAAGCACCGCCAACCGAAAGGAGAGCAUCACUUUUUCAUCUGAGAAAGAAACAGAUUCCAAUUUAGUUUCCUUCACGAGGAAUCUUAUUUGUGCUACGCCUAAAAAGAUGGGAAAAUGUACUUGACUUUUCAGGAAAAAAAUUCUGCCCCUGGAGAUUUUUGCACUUUUAUUAUGCACAGUUUUACUUUUUUAUAAUUCCUUAUAAUGUCUGAUAUGAAACAAUAAAAGAAAGUAUCUGUGCUCUUG